AUGUCAUGGACAUUAAAAAAUGUUUUACCAUAUGUACAAUUAUAUCCGGAUGCAUGUGAACAAUUAUCAUCUAUAUGUAAAAUAAUAUCACAAAAAAGUCGUGAAAAUCUUUCAAAUGAAGAUCAACAAAUAAUUCAAGAAUUCAAAAAAGAUUUAUAUAUAUUAAUUUAUCGUUUUAAUGAUAUACGUUCAUCAUGGACAAUAAUACUUGAUUUAACACGUGAUAUGUGUGAUUUACAAGCAUCACAUGAUGAACGUUUACAAAUAUUAAAUCGUCGUGGUCUACCUGUAUUAACAUCAAUAUUUUUUACUAUUUUUUCAUUAUAUCAUGAUCAAACACAAACAUAA